UUUCGGUAAACACAAGUCAUUUCGAGUUUACAUUUUGAUGUAUUAGGAUCAGAUUUUACUAAUUAUUUGUUUAAAUUAUAUACCUAGUGCAAUUUUCACAAAAUGGUUGCAGCCAUUUACUAUCCCUUUGGUGACGAGCCUAAAACACUAGCGAUGGCCACAGUGGCGGCCACGAUGGAGACCUCAUCAACCCACAUCCAAUCAGAGAGCAGGGUCCAGCACAGCUACCAGGAGGUGCAGGUGUCUGAGCGACAGGUGUCUGAGCGACAGGUGUCCGAGAGACACUCGGAGAAGCUGAAGAAAAAGAGCAAGUCCCGCAGACAUAAGGAUGAAGGCGCCAUUUCAGUGUCGAAAAGCACAGACAAGUUGUACAAGAAGAUGAAGGCGGCCGAGGCGGACUCGAACCCACAAUGCGAGAAGUGCUCCCGCCCUGUCUACGCCAUGGAGCGGAUCAAGGCCGAGAAGAGAAUCUGGCAUAAGGAGUGCUUCCGAUGUGUGCAGUGCAACAAACAACUCACCGUGGAGACAUACCAGAGUGACCACACGACGCUGUACUGCAAGCCCCACUUCAAACAGUUGUUCGAACCGAAACCUGUUGAUGGCGAUGACGAUGUUGACGCCGCAGCAACUAAAAAGCACCAAAUGAUCAUCUGCGAGAGUAAUCCCGUCGAACUGCCGCCAGAUGUCGUUAGAGCAUCAGACAAGCCAGACCUUGGUCUGGAGGAGUUAUCGCAGCUGGACGUGAAGUCCCGCUUCGAGGUGUUCGAGCGCGCCACACAGCCGCAGCUCGAGCCGCAGCUGCACGAACACAGAGCUCCGCGGGAGAAGAGCACAGCACUACUAUCCAAGCUCGCCAAGUUCAAGGCGAAGGGAAUGGACGUCGGUGUGUCUGACGAAUACCUGAAUGGAGUUCCCAUCGAGCAGAGCUCCAGCGAGCCAGAGGAAGAAGAAGAUGACGAAGACUCAGUGCUCAAGAAGUCGUACAAACACACAGCCAAUAAGGAACAGCCGGUGUCUUUCUGCAACAUGAGCGAGAUAGUUGGCAAGUUUGAGAGCGGACAGCACUCUUCUUCUGAGAGACACCGCGAGAGGAAGCAGGAGAUUCAGAACAUAAGGAGCAGGUUGUUCAUGGGCAAGCAAGCCAAAAUCAAGGAGAUGUACGAGCAAUCAGUACUGCAGAGCGAACAAGGCGUAGUGUCAGCGGACAAAAUCUCUCGCGAGCUAGAAUUGGACGCGGAAAAAGCGCGCGCGAUCAAACAACGAUUCGAGAAUGGCGAAGUUUUUAAUGACGAGAACCAGCCGCCCAGGAACAGGGAGAUCGAUGACCGAACGCUCUUUAAUGAAGGUAUCGGCAAGAAGUCUCGUUCGAUCUUUCUAGAAUUGGACGCGAACGCUAAGAACAUGGCGCCGCUGUUGCCGCCGCCGCCGCAGGACCCGCCCAAGAGGAAGGAAAUCCCUUUCGUGGCAAAGGACGUGGUCCGGUCCGGCGACCGCGUGGAGGACGCGCGCGUAGCGCCGGCCGACCUCUCCGACCGGUUCCGGUUCUUCGAGACCUUCCGGCCCGACAGCGCCCGCCGCGAGUUCCGCAUGACGCCGCCGCGCCAGCCGCAGCGCGCCAAAUCUCCAUCGCCCGAACUGUACCACGAGCCGAGCGUCGUGCGCAGCGACGAGAGACAUUGCGACACCGAAUUGGCUGCCGAUAGACACACGGCGUCCCGCAUGAUCUCCGUGUUCCGACAGAUGGAGACACAACUCAACAGACAAGAUGAGAAUCAAGGCCCGAAGCCCCUGAAGCGCUUCACCCCCCCUCCCCCAGGGGAACACAACCACCAGGGACACUCGUCAUCUGAAGAAGAUUACAGCGAAGAAUCUGACUACGAGGAAGAUAGCGAGGAAGAACGCAGGAGAGUGUAUCUCGAGGCGCGACAGAGGGAUGAAGCUUUAAAACAGGCGCAGCAGCUGGCGCGCACGAAGAGUUUCCGCUCGCGCUUCGAGAACUGGUCGGAGAGUGAGCCGCGCGCCCGCGACGCGCGCGACCUCGCGGACUGGGACCUCGGGGGGGACGGGGACUCGCAGCUCGAGACUGCCAAGAGCCUCCGCGAGAAGUUCGAGAACAUGAAGGUGCAGUCAAACUCUGUCACAAAGACUUUCGCGCCCAAAGUUAAUAGAUUUGUGUGACCGUCGCGUGGUAACCAUCGAGUGACCCUCUAUUGCCAAAGUAACCCUAUACAGGUUUAGAAAUCAACGUAACCUGCCUUUAUAAUUAAUUUGUAGUUAGUCUAUGGUUGUAUCCCUAUUUUUGACGAAAACUCGUAAAUAUAUAGGAAAAUAUUUAUUUCUAAUUUGUGUAGGACUGAUAAGUGAUGCAUUUUAAUGUGCCUUAGUAAGUGCAAUUGAGCUAUUUUAUUAUAUAACAAAUAAUACUCGAGAAAUCUAAAAAAAAUAUUUCUAUCAAAAAUUGUACCCUAUUAAUACUUAGAUAUUGUCAGAAUUUCUUUAAAUUUUUCGUAAUAAGAGUAUGAUGUAAUCGAUGUCAAAAAAUAUGUUUACAUUAAAUAAGGAAGUUUACAAAAGAUAAUAAAGGUGCUAAGAUCUUAAUAUUCAUCGAGAUAUAAUUUAUACCUUUACGAAUUCAUUACAACUAGUGUGUCAACUAUCGAUAGCGUUUCGAUAGACUAUCGAUAGUUUGAGAAAAAAUCAAUAGUAUCCACAGCGAUCGAUAGCCAGUUUUGGUGAUUGCACCAUAAUAGCGAUUGUGUGGCCUUUUUCAAUUAAAACUAUCGACAGUUCGGCAACGCUAAUUACAACGAUAACUAUUGAUGCCAAAUCUUGCUUAUUCAUGGUUCGAUUACACUUUAGCGUUAGUUAAGUGGCAAGUGAUCAAGUCAAGUCAAUAGUCUUGUCAAUUUUUCAUAACCCUAAUAUGUUUGUGCCAUUAUCACUGCAUUAUUUUAGACAAUAUUUUAUUUAUAUAUUCACAUCUAAAUUAAUUGUAAUAUGUAACAAUAUAUACCUGUAUUGAUUGUAUUUCAGUCAAAUUUUAGCCAUUUUAAAACUCUUGCCUUGCAUAAUAUUAUAGGAUAUAUACUAAAUAUGUUAUUGCACAUAACAAAAUGUAAUUUAAAAUACAUACUUAAAUGUUUUAAAUUACAGCAUGCCAUGACUUUUGUUAUUUUGGAUUAUUCGCGAAAGAAAUGUUCAUUUGUAUAAAACUUGCUUUGGUUUAUACACAUGUUCAUUAAUUGUGAUUUUUAUUAUCCGACUGAAUAUCAACUAUUUAUUGUUUGUACUUAAAACCGUUUUGUCAAUAUUUUGUAUACCUGCGGUAUAAGAUAUUAAUUAAAGUUUAAAAAAUUA